CUUCCGAGACCGACGCGGAAGUGCUGGGAGGCGCCGGGAGCCGGGUUCCGUUGCUGGAUUUCUGGCCCAGCCAGCCGCCUUGAGGACAUUCUGGACAGGUCGACUCCUAGAGCUCCGCUUCCGCCAGCCCAGACCAAACGAAGCGGGCGCUCCCGGCCGCUCCUCGUCCUAGGAGCCGAUGCCGGCCGCCCCCUGGAGCCCCCUUAGCGGGGCCGGACCAUGAGCCUGCUGGGCGGCCUCGCCUCCUCGCCGCGGGCCGCGCUGCCGUCCAGUAAGGCCAGGAUGAAAAAGCUCCCGAAGAAGAGCCAGAACGAGAAGUACCGGCUGAAGUACCUGCGGCUGCGCAAAGCGGCCAAAGCCACAGUGUUUGAAAAUGCUGCUAUUUGUGAUGAAAUUGCUCGUCUUGAGGAAAAAUUUCUUAAAGCAAAAGAAGAAAGACGGUACUUGCUAAAGAAGCUCCUCCAGCUUCAGGCUCUAACUGAAGGCGAAGUACAGGCUGCAGCUCCUUCCAACAGCUCCAGUUUGCCCUUGGCUUAUGGUGUGUCCAGCUCUGUGGGAUCUAUACAGGGAGCUGGGCCCAUUUCCGGGCCCAGCACUGCGGCUGAGGAACCAUUUGGAAAGAAAUCCAAGAAGGAGAAAAAAGAAAAAGGCAAAGAGAACAACAAACUGGAAGUUCUGAAGAAAACAUCCAAGAAAAAGAAAAUGGAGGGAGGUGCUCGCAAGCUGGUUCAGCCCAUUGCCCUGGAUCCCUCAGGACGGCCUGUGUUCCCCAUCGGACUGGGGGGUCUAACAGUAUAUAGCCUGGGGGAGCAGCAGCCCCUUGCUGAUCCAGACCAACCCCAGAAAAAUCUCCAAUCCCUAGGAAACCAGAUCAUCACCGACCGACCUGGCUUCCAUGAUGAGAAUGCCAUCUACCCUGUGGGCUACUGCAGUACUCGAAUCUUUGCCAGCAUGAAGUGCCCAGACCAGAAGUGUCUAUAUACCUGUCAGAUCAAGGAUGGUGGUAUGCAGCCUCAGUUUGAAAUUGUUCCUGAAGAUGACCUCCAGAACGCCAUCGUCAGCUCUUCUGCAGAUGCCUGUCAUGCAGAACUGCUCAAGACCAUAAGUGCUACCAUGGGGAAACUAAUGCCCAACCUGCUUCCAUCUGGAGCUGACUUCUUUGGGUUUUCUCAUCCAACCAUCCACAACCUGAUCCAGAGUUGUCCAGGAGCUCGAAAAUGCGUCAAUUACCAAUGGGUGAAAUUUGAUGUGUGCAAACCUGGAGAUGGGCAGCUACCCCAAGGACUGCCGGAGUAUGAUGCAACUAUAAGCUUUGAAGCUUUUCAGAGACAGACCUUUGAUGAAGAUAAUGAUCCCAUUCUACAAGGAUCCUUGGACCUCCCAGAGCUUCAGCCUACAGCCUUUGUGUCUUCUUACCGACCCAUGUUCCUGACACACGAAUCUUUGGUAGAUACUCACCUACAGCACUUGAAGUCUCCGUCGCAGUGUAGCCCAACUCAGUCUUCAGACUGAACAAGAAGGGAUCAGAUACCACAUCAUUUUCAUCAUGAUGAAUUUUUUAACUUAAACUAAAACUUAGAAUAUAUGAACGAAGGCAGCAGUUCAGGAGUGAAGAUGUUAAAUUAACACCUUUUGCCGUGGAGUUCCUGUGGUGACAGUUUUCCCUGAGAAAAACUUCAGCUGCUUUAUUUUUAGUAAUAAAUUUCUCUUGACAAUU